ACAGUAGUACUUCUUUUUAUUUUUUCUAAUAAAAUUUAAACGUGAAACCUCAUGAUUCCUAAUUAUCCACUUCAGUAACCAUCGAUUCACACCAACCCUUGGUGCAAGCGAAGCCUUCUUUAUCUUUAUAGCAGAUAGGGGGCCUUUGUAAAGAUGGAAGUACAAUUACACCUCUCUUUGUCCCUUUGCAGGUAAUAACAUAACAUGACUUCUCUUUAUCUUCAUCUUUCUUUCUUUGUCAACAAGAACAUACACCACCAUGAAUGUCUCUCCCCUUAGCUAAUAUAUUCCAGCUAACUAGCUUAAAUAUAUAGUGCUAAUACUUGCACGAACACAAAAAUAGCCACUAAUAUACCUAUACCUAGCUAUUAUUAUUAUCAUAAUUAAGCACACACCAAGCAACAUACAUGUAAAACCACAUAUUUUUAAUCACCUGUCCUUCUCAACCAAAAAGCUAUAUUAUCAUAUCAUUAUAUUGAAAAAAAAUAAAAAAUAAUCACAUAUCCUUUCCCACUUUGUCUAUGUGCUAUCUUUGUAUUCAAAAUUUAUAUAUCCAAGAGAAUUAUGAAGAGUCUCUCUCAAAAAAGUUUUGAUUAAUUUAUAACCUUUUUUUUUCCUACUUUUUGUUGAUGCAGCUAGGUAGCUAGAUUAUUAAAAGUGACAAACUGAAGAAGCUGAUGUUUGUGGUUAUUUCAACUUCAAUACAAGUGUGCUAGGUUGUCUUUAUCAACCAGUUUCUUUUUCUUUUUUUUUUUAAAAAAAAAAGAAGAUGUACCCUUCGAGCAAUAACAGCCCCAAUAUUUCCAGCUCUUCAUCUUUUUUUCACAUUAAUAUUCCAUCUCCUUCUAUGCAAUAUGAACCCGAAUUCAUCCAAUAUUUCCAAGAUUUUCAAUUCAUCCAACCUAGUUACGAUCAGAAUAAUCUCGAUACCAAUAUUACUAGAGAAGAUUCGGACAAACUAGAUAAAAUAGAAGAAGAUCAAUCAAUCAUAAAAAGCUGCAAUAACAAGAAGGAUGAGAAGAGUAGUAGCAGUACUAGUACUAUUCGUAGAAAAAACAACAAGAGAACUACGAGUGGUAGUGCUGGUGUAGGACCUUCGAAGAAAGAUAGACACAGCAAAAUCAACACGGCACAUGGCCCAAGAGACCGAAGAAUGAGACUAUCACUUGAAAUUGCUCGCAAAUUCUUCAAUUUGCAAGACUUGCUUGGGUUCGAUAAAGCCAGCAAAACUGUAGAAUGGCUACUCACAAAGUCAAAAUCAGCGGUGAACGAUCUGGUUCAGAAAAUUAACAAAGACAAAUGCAGCGGUAGUACAAAUCCUAAUAUUGCUACUGUAUCAUCUCCUUCCGAAUCAUGUGAAGUUAUCUCUGGAGUAAUCGACGAAUCAGCUGCAACUAAUACAGCAGAAACUCACAAGCAACAGAAGAAAAAGGUUAAGUCGAUUCGUAGGGCAAUAUUUCAUCCCGUUGUUGCAAAGGAAUCAAGGAAAGAAGCAAGAGCUAGGGCAAGGGAAAGAACAAUAAUAAAGAAAAGCCUAAAUGAUAACACGAAUAAUAAUAAUAAUGGUGAUCAAUCUAUGGCUGAUGAGGAUUUAACAAGAUCAUUAGGAUCUUGGAAUACUACAUUUGAAGAUCAUCAAUCAGGUAGUCAAGGCUAUAAUAAUAAUAAUAAUAAUAUGAAUGUUGUUGAUAACUUUAAUUUGGUGGAUACUAGCAACUGGAGCCCAUUUAUGUUCAACUAUCACCAGAUCAAUACUGAAAUUUCUCAAGAGCAUCAAUUGACGAACUUCCAGUAUUCUGGGAAGUUAUGGGAAGCUUAAUUAGGGCAAGGAAGUUCUUGUUGAUUUAGUGCAACUUCAGAAGAAGGCUAUUUGGUCAUGUUGGUAAUGUAAAAUGAAUUUGUCUAUUUUAUUAUUAUGUGUAUUCCAUGAAAAAACAACUUGUAUUUUUCUUAUAAAUAAGCUCAUCUUUUUCUUUCAA